AUUUAGAUGCCCAUAUCUGCAAACUUUGCGGAUCGUCUAGUACGCGAUAUAUAAACUGCUGUUUGUAAGCGGACACAGCAUCUGUCUGAGGUGAACUAUGCGAGUCGUCGUUUGUUGUAUGCUGCUGGGAGCUCUCUUCUCGGCGUUAGAAGGGUUGGAUAAUGGGCUGGCACUGACGCCCCCAAUGGGGUGGCUUGCUUGGGAGAGAUUCCGUUGUGACAUCGACUGUGCCGACGACCCUAAAAACUGUAUCGGGCAAUCUCUGUUCAUGGAAAUGGCGGACAGAAUGGUCGCCGAUGGGUACAGAGACGCUGGGUACACCUAUGUGAACAUAGACGACUGUUGGGCAUCCAAGCAGAGAGACGCUAAUUUCAGGCUUCAGGCAGACCCAAAGCGUUUUCCAGACGGCAUCAAAAACUUGGCGAAAUAUGUUCAUUCUAAAGGCCUUAAACUGGGAAUAUAUGGUGAUUUCGGUAUCCUGACGUGUGGAGGCUAUCCCGGCAGCAAAUUCUUUCUACAAACUGAUGCUCAGACAUUCGCAGAAUGGGAGGUAGAUAUGCUAAAAUUGGACGGAUGCUAUUCCGAUCUCUCCGACAUGGAUGUAGGUUAUCCUUUGAUGUCUGAGUUCCUCAACAAAACUGGUCGCCCUAUACUCUAUUCCUGUAGCUGGCCAGCUUAUAUAGUAGGAUCUGGAAUUCCGAAUUAUCCGAAAAUCGCCAAAUAUUGUAACAUCUGGAGAAAUUAUGCUGAUGUCCAGGACUCUUGGGAUUCAGUGAUAAACAUCAUCGAAUAUUAUGGCAAUGACACUGGUAACUUCUCUGCUGUUGCCGGACCCGGAAAUUUCAACGACCCUGAUAUGUUGAUCCUCGGUGACUUUGGCUUAAGCUACCAACAGCAGAGAGCUCAGAUGGCGUUGUGGGCAAUCAUGGCCUCCCCUUUGUUCAUGUCGACAGAUUUACGCAAAAUUGACCCCCAGUCCAAGAAUCUGUUGCUUAACACCAAUGUUAUAGCGAUUAAUCAGGAUCCUUUGGGGAUCCAGGGCAAACGGCUCGUAACGGAAGGCGCAAUAGAAGUCUGGGCGAGGCCUAUCCUUCCUCACGGAUCUGUGGCAUUUGCUGUCCUUAGUAAAAGCACAGGAGGGACGCCAACCACAAUGGGAUUGACGCUCAAAUCGUUGGGACUGUCACAUAAACAGGGUUACAACGUCACGGAAGCAUUCGAUGGUUUCGCAGUUGGCAUGUUCAGACCAAAGGACACCAUUACGAUACAAGUAGACCCCACGGGGGUAUUUUUAGCUGUAGCGAAACCUCAUCAUUGA